UCUUUAUGAACGCCUGUGAAUGGAGAGUCAGGAGCGCGUGCAAGGCUGCAGCCGAGCGGGCGAAGCGCGAGACACAGUGCGUCAUUGACGCUUAGAGAAUAUUUGUUUGUUUGCUCGUUUGUAUGUUUGUUUGUUUUUGCCUGGGCUCGGGGUGGGACAAGCCAAGCAAACGGGAAAUGAUCUCGGUGCAUGUGCACAGCUAGCAGUCGGAAAGGAAAUAUUGCAACAAAAAAAAAAGAAAAAGGCGCAGGUCGCCUUGGUGCACUCCUUCAAGUCAAGACAACAAAACAAACCCAAAGACACGGAUCCUGGGGUGCAGAAUGGACUACGAAAGACCCAACGUAGAAACAAUAAAGUGUGUUGUGGUGGGAGACAAUGCUGUAGGAAAGACUCGCCUUAUAUGUGCCCGAGCCUGUAACACCACUCUGACCCAAUACCAGCUCCUAGCCACCCAUGUCCCAACAGUCUGGGCUAUUGAUCAGUACCGAGUCUGCCAGGAGGUAUUAGAACGCUCCAGAGACGUAGUGGAUGAUGUCAGCGUGUCCCUCAGGCUAUGGGACACCUUCGGAGACCACCACAAGGAUCGGCGCUUUGCCUACGGCAGGUCUGACGUGGUGGUUCUCUGCUUUUCCAUUGCCAACCCCAACUCCCUCUAUCAUGUGAAGACCAUGUGGUACCUGGAGAUUAAACACUUUUGCCCACGUACACCUGUUAUUCUGGUCGGGUGUCAACUUGACUUACGCUAUGCAGACUUGGAGGCUGUCAACCGGGCUAGACGGCCAUUAGCAAGGCCUAUAAAACCAGGAGAUAUUUUGCCCCCAGAGAGAGGACGGGAAGUAGCCAAGGAGUUGGGGAUUCCAUACUAUGAGACAAGUGUCUUUGAUCAAUUUGGCAUUAAAGACAUCUUUGACAAUGCUAUCCGGGCUGCUCUAAUAUCCAGACGCCACCUUCAGUUCUGGAAAUCCCAUCUACGGAGGGUCCAGAAGCCCCUCUUGCAAGCACCAUUCCUCCCCCCGAAAGCUCCUCCACCACUGAUCAAGAUCCCAGAGUGUCCCUGCAACAACCAGGAUGGCCCCCGAAAACUGCUGGAGAACCCUAUUUGUGCUGAUGUCAUGUUUGUUGUUCAAGAACACUUCAAUGUGUUCGCCCACAAGAUCUACCUAUCUACCUCAUCCUCCAAGUUCUAUGACCUCUUCCAGAUGGACCUCUCUGAGGAGUCCCAGUGUAUGGUUGUGACGGAGCGCCACAGACGAGAGCACCUGAUGCGUACACUCAGCCUGGACACAGAUGAAGUCAUGUCUGUACUGCCUAACAUCUCACCUAAUUCCCUACGGGCUUCUAAGAGUGAUGGGACUCUGAAAGUAAUGGGCUUUAAUGCCAAGAACAACCACAACGGGCUGUCCUUGGCAUUUUGGUGCAAAGCCUUCCAGAGCAUCCACAAGGAAACGGUGGUUAACCCGUUGACAUGCACAGCAGCUGUCAUGACGGUGGUAAAGAUGGACAACUCCUUCCAGCUGGGACCCUUUAGUGCAGUGCUGCGGUUCCUUUAUACAGGAGAACUGAAUGAAAAAGAAACUGACUUGAUGAACAUUGGUCAGAUUGCUGAGAUCCUUGAAGUUUUUGACCUAAGGAUGAUGGUUGAGAACAUCAUGAACAAAGAAGGCUUUAUGAAUAAGGAAAUUACAAAAGCGUUUCAUGUGAGAAAAGCCAACAGAAUAAAGGAGUGUCUUGCUAAGAACAGCUUCACAGAUGUGGUAUUCAGGUUGGAUGAUGGCACCAUAAAUGCCCAUAAGCCUUUGCUGAUCUCCAGUUGCGAUUGGAUGGCUGCUUUGUUCGGAGGCUCAUUCAUUGAGAGUGCAAAUAACGAGGUGUCUUUUCCUAAUACCAGCAGGGCGUGUAUGCAGGCAGUCCUUGAGUAUCUUUAUACCAAUCAACUGUCACCCAUGGCUGAUUUGGACCCAAUGGAAUUAAUUGCUCUGGCAAACAGACUGUGCCUUCCCCGCCUCAUCGCCCUGACAGAGCAGUAUGCUGUGAGUGAGCUGGUGAAAGCCUCAAGGGAUGCCCAAGACAUAGACGGCGAGGUUCUCAACUACCUAGAGCUUGCUCAGUUCCAUAAUGCCAACCAACUUACUGCUUGGUGCUUGCAUCAUAUAUGCACUCAUUAUAAUAACAUCUGUGCCAACUAUCGCAAAGAGAUCAAGUCCAAAUCGCUAGAAAACCAACAGUACUUCGAGAAGCAUCGCUGGCCUCCGGUUUGGUACCUGAAGGAGGAAGAUCACUACCAGCGCGUGAGGAAGGAGAGGGAGAAGGAAGACGUGGUCUUGAACAAGCACCACUCUCGCCGUCGCUGGUGUUUCUGGAGCACUUCUCCUGCAGUAGCCUGAUCAAACAAGAGCGAGAAAGAGACAGAAAGAGAGGGAGGGAAAUCGAGAUAGAGAUGGCACUUUCUUUCUGCUAACUGCUAGCCAUUUUCUGUCUUAAACGUCAGAUGAUAAUAUCUGGAAAUGCACUGAAAAUCUUUUCAAAGCACAACUUACAAACUGCAUCCACACAAAAAUAGGAGAGAAAAAAAAACACAUCCUUGGACAAUUCAUUUCUAAUAUUCAAAUGCUGCUAGUAACCACAUGCUGGCUUUCUUCGCCAUUUUAGAAUUUAAGAUCUAGAAUAAAUUCUAAUCUACAUCACGGCCUUUACGACUCGAACCCAGGAUACGUAAUGAGGCAGGAUCCGUGCAUGCUGAACGCUAAACAGCGGCUUCCUUUGACACCAGCGCUAACAAGAAACAUCAGGUACAUCCUACCCGCUGUAUGUUACGAGGGCCUUAAUGGCACCGUGUCCAUACUUUUCAUAGUGCCCAAGCUAUAUAACCUUAGCUUCCCUAGCUAGUCCUGUAAUUUAGUAUAAAACAUUACUGGUCGAAUAAAAAAUGUUGACUCCUCGUUGUUAUUAUUAGAAGGGCUUAGCACUUACGGCUUUGUUCAGGGCUUACUUGAAACAACCGAGCAGCAAAACAAUCAAUAACCCCUGACCACAUAUACUAUCUUCACCGUGAUUGUGCUAGAUGUUACAUGUAGGUGUUCUAUAGUAGAUUUGACCUUUUAUCCUUUAUACACAUUGACGUGUUCAUUUGAAGGGUUAAGAAAUUCGAAUGUAAACGAAGCAAUAAGCUUAAAGUACAGGCUUUUGCUUUCGUGUGAUAUUGUCAUGUCUAUGUAGUGUCGGUCAGGAUAGACGAUUUGUGUUUGUAUGUGAUGCACCACAUCAUCACCGCAUCCCGAUCCAGCCAGGUCAGACUGACACAGAGAGGGGAAACUUAAUACUUGAAAAAUAAAAAACACUCGCUUCUGUUUUUAGCCAACGUAGCUAAAUAUUAUGUAGCUGCUGCUCACUGGUGAUUUGUUGUUUUUCAGGCAGAUGGUAUGUUUAUUUUUAUUAGCUGCUGCAAAACCAAGUGGCUGGUUCAUUUGGUGUUUGGCCUUUUGAUUUCGCUCUUCAUCGCCACCCGUAAUGCCGGCUGUUGGUUUAUGUAUUUAUUUAUUUUGUAAACAAAAUAUUGUAUGGUGAAUUACAAUAAAUGAUCCAUUUACUUAC